AUGCGAUGGCUGUUUCGCACGCCACCGCAUGCUCUUUUGCUAUCACGACGCGGUAGAGCUUCUGCCUAUGUGCUUGACUUCAAACGUUGUGCAAGUGGCAGCAGCUGGCCCGACCCUCAAGAUGGCGCAGAAGACAUGCCUAUCGAUCCUAAGAUGCCCGACUUAGGCUAUACUAUCAAAGAUGAUUUUGCCAAGUUCCAGGAUCACUACGACACGCCCAAGAACGCGAUUGUGCUCGCUCAUGGCUUGAUGGGCUUUGAAGAGCUACGGCUAGCUGGUAAACUUCUGCCGGGUAUUCAGUAUUGGCGCGGCAUCUCUGACGCUUAUCGUCAGAACGGCAUCGAUGUUAUCACCACAGCUGUGCCUUCAACCGGCAGUAUCGAGGAGCGCGCAAAGGUACUCCAUGAGCAGAUCAAAACAAAGGCUGCUGGCAAGGAUGUCAAUAUCGUAGCCCACAGUAUGGGAGGUCUUGACUCAAGAUAUUUAAUAAGCAAGAUUCAGCCUCAAGAAUUUCAGAUCAAGUCCUUGACCACAGUUGCGACACCUCACCGUGGCAGUUCAGCAGCGGAUAUCAUUCUUCGCGAAAUCGGUCCGGACUAUCUUCCUCGAUUGUAUGCAGUCCUUGCACGUAUGAAGAUUGGUACAGGUGCUUUCGCUCAGCUGAGUCGGCGAUACGUAUGUGAAGACUUCAACCCCAGAGUUGUCGACAACGACGCCGUACGGUAUUUCAGCUACGGUGCAAGCGCGAAACCGCACGUAUUCUCGGUGUUUCGCAUUAGCCACGACCUCAUGUAUGAGCUUGAGGGUCCCAACGAUGGACUGGUUAGUGUUUCAAGCAGCAGAUGGGGCACUGAAGGAUACAAAGGGACUUUGAUGGGUGUCACGCAUCUCGACCUGAUCAACUGGACAAAUCGUAUCAAACGCCUAGCAAGCAGGAUGGGACUUGUCAAACAGGAUUUCGAUGCCAUCGCUUUUUACCUGCACAUUGCAGACAUGCUUGCGAAAGAAGGACUAUGA